AUGGCUGGUAGGGGUCCGCGACGCACCAGCAGGCCAGCCAGACAGGCUCCCCGGCCGGCCCGGCCAGCAGGCGGAUCCCCAGAACUCUGCACGGUGUUCACGGCCGGAAGCCCCCGCGCCCUACCGCUGCAGGACGGCAACGGGCAGGGGUUCUGGGUUUCCCCGCCUAGAAACGGAAAGUCUCAAGUGGACCCGGAGCCAGGGCAUUUCGUGACCUUCUCGGUACCCCGUUCGGCCACUCCCGCCCUCCCCCUCCACCGCCAUCCGGCUAGCUCAACGGCGGAAUGGGCGGGAAUCGGGACUGUCGGGUCCCUCCCGGUGGCUCAGCUUCCCGCCAGACCCGAGCGGAGGGGCGGGGCGCGGGGGCGGAGGGGGCGGGGCGCGGGGGCCGGAGGAGGGGCGGGGCGGAGCCGAGCCGGAUUGCUCCAGUUCCCUCCUCCGAACUCCCGCUUGCCCCGGGAAUCCCGCGGCACAGGAGCCCCGACCGCGGAGGUGAGGGUCCCGGCAGCCCGCCACCCCGGCACCGAGUCCCUUGGUGCUACUCCCCUGCGGCCCACUAGGGCCCCCGCCCCGCAGCUCCAGCCUGCCCCCUCCUGCCUCAGUUUGCCCUCGGGCCCCGCGCCAGCGCGCGGGCGCUGUCGGGGGGUCGCACCUGCGCGGGGCCGCCCCGCCCGCUGCCCCUUCGGCGUCCGUUCCCCACUCACCCGCGACGAGGACGCGCUCCGGGAAGGCACUGCGCGGCGCGAGGUGGCGGCCCAGGUCCCCGACCUGCCCCGCCCCGGCCGCGAGGCCCCGCCCCGCCCCGGCCCCGCCCGGCCUGGCUGGAAGCCGCGGCGGCCGGAGAGCUCGCUCCGCGCCAGCUCCCUUCUGCCUCUACCUCCCCGGCCGGCCCCGAUCGGCUCUGUGGCCCUGGUCCUUACCGUGGCCGCCGUGCCGGCCGUGUCACUGGCAGGUCGCUUUUUCUUGAGACUCACCUUUCCCGUUUGUAAAAUGGGAAAACAGGGACCGACCUCAGAGAGGGGAACUACCGCGCUUGAUAGCAAAGCCCUGAACGCCGUCCCACACAGUAGCCCUGGGCUCCCAUCGCCAGAGGAAAACCCCAGUCACUUUAACUGGUGCCCGGGGCAGGAGGCAGGCGGAGCUCUGAGUCCCGGCUCAGACACUCUGUGACUGGUUCUCUCAGCCUCCAUCUGCUCAUCUGUAAAAUGGGCACAACAUCGUGGGACUAAUGAGGAUGCCACAGGUAAUGGGGCCGGCCGCCCUGCCGACGCUCGGCACUCAGUGAGGGGAGACUGCAACCGUCACGGUCCAGAGGUGGCCUCCAGCUGGCCGGGACACACCCUGAUGGGCACGGCACCUCCAGCAGCAGGCCUUGGACCCCUCAGCUCGCCUGUGGGUGCUGCUUUAUCACUGCAGCCCGGGGGCUGUUCUGGCCACCUUGGGCUAACUUGGUCAAGCAGGGCCCCUCAGCCUGCAGGAGCCAAAGUGGCCCAAACCGAUCCUUGGGGGACCAUGUGAACUCUUGUCCCCAACCAUAGCGGCUAGCUCCUGGGCGGCAGUCGGAAAAAUUAAGCCCUGCCCGUGUUGGCCAUUGUGAGCCUUUCCUGCUUCGACUGCUUUGAUAUAAAG